UUCUAUCCGGAGAAAUGCUAAAUCGGAACCACUUGGUGCGGAAUAUUAGUGCAAUUUAACGCUAUUACUUUUACAUCCUGUUUAUUUACUAGUUACUGAAUGUUAUUCCUGCAGUUAGUUUAUAAGGCUAACAUUCAAUCGAUUUUUCACCACAUACUGAGCGUUUCGGUUUAGUUUCGUGUCGAGCGCACGAACACACAGAGCAACGAGCACAUACCAAAUCAGCCAAAUAUGAUUUUCCAUCUCUUGGUUUGUUCUUUCCAAAGUUAAAUAUAAUGCAAUUCAUAAUAUAUCCCUAGAAAAAGUGUCAUUAAAUUAUGCAAUGGCAAUCAAGACGGCCAAAGCGAGCCUACAUUUAUAAGCAAUAUUGGAGAAAGUGUAUCCGCACGGUUGUUCAACAGAAUGCAUUAGGGCAUCCUACAGCACGGUAGCCGAAUUUAGGGUUUAUAUGUUGUUGCUGUUGAAUAAGUGAAACAAGACCAUGUACUGCUCUAAUGAGAACAAACCACCCAAUCAAGGCGCGCUCGGUGAUACACAGUCCGCAGCGAUGCGUCCGUUUCAUCCGCACGGCCUCUACGCUGACAAGGACCCAGAGUUGCACUUCUGGGAAAGUAGCCAUGGCACAAAUCAGAACACUACCCCCGUCAGCACCGUGCUGCACUCACCGGAGCCGACAGCGCUGGACAGCGAGCCGAAGAUGCGCUUUCAGAAGCGCCAUCAAAUACAGGUCGGCCGGAGUCCGGUCGGCAGCGGAGGGCACAACGAGAGUAGCGAUUCCACCACCGCCUCCAGUCCGGUCCUGCUGCAUGCCAUGGCGUCCUAUGGCUUCGAGCAGUGCCAUCACUCUAGCAACAGCAUCGGUGUCGGUGCGGGCGGUGGUAGUUUGCUUCCAGUCGCACCGCCAUACUCAACGCAAUCGAUCCUGUCGGACGGCGAGAUCGUCGUGUUCGACGAUAUCGAGACGAACUGGCCUUCGUCUGGCGGCAAUGGCCCGGAAAUGUCUAUCUACAUAAACAGCGCGGCUAUGGUGCAGAGCAAAGAAUCGAACACGGAGCGGUGUUCCAAAACUCAAACCGUUAUAGGAGGCUUAACCAUUGCCGAAUACGAAGGUUCGCCGCGACGCUUCGGGACCACUGCAUCGAACAGUGUGUACUCAGCGCCGGAUGGGAUGAUUUCAUUCUCGAAAUCAGGUAGCGGCAACCUACCGCGGCCCGGAUUCCCGAAGCGCGUCAGUAGCUCCUCGCUUGAUCGGGACGCACAGGAGGACGAGAAGCCAACGCUGAUCGAGCUGGACAAAUGCAGCGACGAGUUUAAGUUCUACGAUAAGCCAAGCAUUAGCUGCAAUGACUCAGACCGUAAUGCAUACGAUUUAGAUACCAAAUAUUAUUACCGCCAGCAAACCGCGGUCGACGGAGAAGAUUUCAGCACGGGGUCAGGCAAUAGACGAAAGUCACAACACAACACUACACUUUCGCCGGAAGCGGACAGUGGAAGGGCGACUUGUGGGGUUGACUUCGGCGCAACGCCUUCCUACUCGACCAAAGACUAUGGCAGCAGAGGUAAAUACGGGAAUGCGAAACCGAUUGGAAAGGAGAUUCUUAGCGAACCGUGCGUCGAGUACGAACAAAUGUGCAAUAGUAUGCCAAUCCUAGAGGAUGGCCUCUCCAGCGGGCAUACGUCCGACUCGGAGAGCAACGCCAUAGCCAGUAUCGGCAACGGCUCGCUGCUGAUCGGCGACAGUGGCAACGUGUAUGAGCCGCAGAAAUCGGACGAUUUGCUUACCGCUAGCGGGAAUACGCUGUCCCAGGGCAGCCGGUACCAGCACCAUCAACAACAUUACCAUCAAACUCAAGCGUCAAGCGUCAAGAACGGGUACAAUAGCGACUGCCUAGCUAGCAACAUUCAGGAGGCACUGAACGACAUCAAGUCGACGCUGCAGAAUACGAAAAUACUUCCUACGCACGGGCGUCAGGACCUGCAUCAUGGCGAGGAGAUUGGAAAAAACGAGGGUGCAUCACCUGUCUGGGUGCUUAGAUCGGUGGAACGCGAGGCGGAAAACGAUUUGGCGACGGGCCCGGACGGUGGAGCCGCGCGACCAGCGAGCAACAUCGAGGCCGACGAGGAAACGGACACGGAUCUGGAAACGGAUCGCUUGCUAGGCCACCAGCAAAACAUCGGCGAGAUUAAUUAUUUUGAAAAUCAUAAUUCGGGCGAAUCGCAUCCAUUGAACGUCAGAUCACCUUGCUCCUCAACGCUAGCGAAAAUGAAACGAUACCAUACCGCAAUACGGGCCGACAAUGAGACUUACUCGCCUAGUGAUGUUCAGCUAGAAAAUUUACCGGAAAUCGACAGCAAGGGUAGGCACAAAACCAGAGAAGGCCUUCUGGAUCCAGCAGUAUUGAUCGAAGGGGUGCUGUUCCGAGCCCGCUACCUCGGCUCGACGCAGCUCGUUUGCGAAGGCCAGCCGACCAAGUCCACGCGCAUGAUGCAGGCGGAGGAG